AUCGCGCGGGCGUAUUUUCCGAAAACUCAUAUUUCCGAUUUUUUUUCCUUUCUCCUUUCGCCUUUAUUUAGUAAUUAUUUAAAUCAUAAUAAUGAGGUUUCUUGUUUUAAGGAUUCUCUUCACAACGUUAAUGAUUGGUAUCGCUGCUUCGAAUACACAUUUGAAGCAAAACCACACAGCAUUAAGCAACAGGGCUUGUACACUGAUAGGGACUAAUAAAGCUUUGUGUUUUAAAUCUGGUCACGAGUUGGUGUGCACUAGAGGGUUCACCAAUGAUUGGUUGACAGGAGUAAGGCACGAAAUAAUAAGUUUAAAGAUAGUGGAUUGGCCGGGUAGUUGUUUUAACGUGAAUCGCUUGGAGUAUCAUUACCCUAACUUGAGAGAAUUUGGCUUUUUCAACAGCACGCUCAUCACCAAGCUUAAAGGACGCUUCACCGCAGUAAGCAGAAUUGAGAAGUUCUCAGUGCACGGCUUGACAUCGCUAUGGGAAGUUCCUGCAGAAAUGGUUUCACAAAUGUCACAACUAAAGGUUAUUGACCUACGAAGCAAUGUGCUUAGACACCUAAAAGCACCCCUAUUACAAGGGCCAAGUAAAUUAGAAAAGGUCUACUUGAGUGAUAACAAGUGGGAUUGCAGUGAUGGUGGUCUCGAUUGGCUUGCCAUGGAACACGAGAAUGGUACCAUAAGACGAAUGAUUGUUGAUUAUUAUCUACUGGUGUGUCAUCAACAGCUUUACAGAGGAAAGCCUUUACACAAAGUCAUGGAUAUCAUAAAAAUGGUACGCGAAACUUGUCCACAGCCCUGCUUAUGCGCAAUGACUCAUGUAGUGACUGACCGAGCUGGUGGUAUCAUUCCGUUGAUCACAGUAGGCUGUGCGAAUAAGAAACUAACAGUUCCACCUACAACUUUACCACCUAGUGCAACAACUUUAAGAUUGGAAGGAAAUAAGUUAAAUACAAUUAGAUCAUUGGUUCAGGAGCCUCAAUAUAGAAAACUUAUGGAUUUAUAUUUGGACAAUAACAGUAUUCCUGCUGUUAAAGAGUUGGAAGGUUCUGAAUGGUUCACCACUUUCAGAGUACUGAGUCUACGAGGGAACUUUUUGAAACAGAUACCAGUUUAUGCCUUUGACAAAGCAUUUCAAGCGAAUAAUAAUAUAAUGGGCGUAUUUCUCGGGCAGAAUCCGUGGCGAUGCGAUUGUCACUUUAUUCCCCGUUUUCAAGCUUUGCUACUCAAAUAUAAAAGGAUUAUUCGAGAUUUAUCUGAUAUAAGAUGCUCGAAGUCGGAAGAUAAGACGAUUUCACAAGUACAAAUAAGCACGAUGCCACUGGGAAACGUUUGCGGACGAACCGAGACGAAGUUGAUGCCAAUAAGUUCGAUUAACAUUGUGAAUUUAGUACUUAGUUUUCUCAUAUUUAUCAUUAUUGGGAGAUUUCUAUACGACUGGCAUCAUUUUAGAACCACAGGGAAGUUACCAUGGCUAUCUUCCAUACUUCCUUGAAAUUUGCCGUAAGUAAAUGAAAGAAAAAUUGUGCAUACAUUUGUGAAUUUCCAUUUCCGUCUACAUAAUAAUUGUAUGAUACCAUAAUCACAACAUUAGCUCAAAUACAGGGAUCGUAAAGAUAAUUUGACUCCGCCUGAUAUUUUCUCGUAGUCUUGGAAAUACAAGUUUAAAGUUAUGGCAAAGUCGAAAUAAUAUGAUAAUAUGCUAUUAAGACUACGGGCUGGAUAAUAUAACAGGUUACAUAUAUUCAGUACUUUAUAUUAAAAUAAUAUUAUUUAGUUGUAUAUUUACAUUAAGAUAUUGCUGUAAACCCGGAUUUAAUGAUAUCCCUCAAUCAUAUGUCUUUUUUAAAUAUUACAUAAGGUUUAAGCUGACCCCUUAAAUGAGUCUAAUUUCUGAAUAUUAACUUUACCAACUAAAUUGAAAAUUCACCAGACCAUGACCACAUAUUUAUAUUAAAUGUUUAUUAAUUUAAGAUUUGAUUAUUUGAAUAAAGUAGAAUUAAAACCCAUAUAUUCUAUUUUUCAGUAUGUGAUGUCUUGAAAAGCAAUCUUUAAAGAAUUACAUUGUUUUAUUUUAGUUAGCUUUGCUUCAGGCCAAAUUAAUUGAAGUUUGGCGUUGCGACUAAUGACUAGUGAUUGUCAUUUUUAAUCUCACAUUGAAGUAUAGAAGGCGUUUUUAUUGGUAUUUAUAAAUUUAAUUCAUAUUAUAAAGAAAUUAUAUAUUUAAGGUAAGUGGAAGCGCCACCUUUUGCAUAAUCUUUGUACUAAUGUAAUAGUAAGGUUUGCGUCACUGUAUUUUUACUCAGGCAAUGUCUCUUAGCAUUGUUGUUUACUCAAUACGCGUAUAGAUGUCGCUUUUUUCCACUGACAGUUGCACAAUAUAAUAAUUAUAUUCUUUAUUGAAAUAACAUACGGCGAACCCAAAAUAUUAUUUUUAUCAUGUUGAAUGUGUAGUUUUAGUAUAUAUAUAUCCCGGGAUUUUAAACAUUUAUAAAUAUUUUUUUUUAACCAAAGGACACAUCUCUGUAGUCUCAUUUUUAACCGACAUAUGAAUUACUGAAUAAACGGAUGGAGGAGAAUAUCAAGUCAACGCGUAUUUUUUAACACAGCAAUAACACAAAUUGACGGGAAGAGACAAAUGUUUACUUAAGUUACACACUCAUUAUGCACUCUGCAUUUAUACAAAUUUUAUCACGUUGCUCUUUAUAUACAAUAAUUUGUCUAGCUAAAAUAUAAUUGUCGCUCUGUAUUUGUACAUAAACACUGAGAAAAGUGUACGCAACCGAAUUAGCAAUAAAGUAAGAAUUAUUUACGCUGUUGAAUAAUAAAGUUAACAAAACAAAGUUACAUUUAUGUAUGCACAAAACAUUUAAAAAUAUAUUCGUGUAGCUGUUCGUAUUGAUGGCGUAUCAAUAAAUCUUAGACGAAUGUAAGCAGAUGCCAGCAAAUAUAUCCUUCCAGAGUGCUGACUCAGCGAAAUCAUGAAUUGUGUGUUAAUAUUUGCCGACGUAGCUUUAAGGUAAUGUGAUUAAUUGUAAUUGUCUAGAUAUAGUGUUCGUCUUGAUACUUGAUAACGUAGAUUGUAUUUAAUUUUAUAUAAAUUGUUAAUAAGAGGGUUUUCC